AUGGUGUUUAUAGAUGGUGUGAAAUACGCUUGUCAGCGAUGCAUUCGAGGCCAUCGUGUGACGACCUGCAACCACACUGACCAGCCAUUGGUCAAAAUCAAUCCCAAAGGUCGUCCAUCCACCCAAUGCAAGCAUUGUAAAGAGGGCCGGAAAAGUAGUAAUUUGCAUUCUCAAUGUUCUUGUGGCAAAAAGAAAAAUGCUGGCGCCAACGCCAGAAAGCAGAAAAAUUCGACUACGGGGGAAGAAGGUAAAGUGUUGGGCGAAGGCCACGAUAUUAACAAGAAUUGCAAAUGCCAGGACUCUGAAAAAUGUAUUUGCAAAUCCCGCAAAAAGAAUGACAAGAAGGAUCACAAAACUGAAAAGAAACCAGCAAAAUUGCGAACUCCCGAUGCUGGACGAACAGAAGUCGAGAUCAAGAACGGGGAAAUUAUUAAUAAUAAUGUCUUAGACCAUGAUCCUCUAAUAAAGAAAGCAUCUGAAGCCCCAGACUCUAUGGUUUUGGGUCUUGAUAGUAUGAUUGAUCCCUCAUCGUCCCGCGGUGUUCUCAAUGGAUUUGACUUAUCACCAGACGGCGGAUUUGUGUUUAAGCCAGAAGAUAUCAACGUUGAAAACAGGAUGGGGGUAACAGGUGUGAUUGAUAACUCCAAGAAUCACAAUGGUCCAGGUUUAGGACUUAGUUCAGGCUUUGGCGCUCGUUUCAAUAUUGGAAUGCACCAUUCUGCUUCCACUCCAUCAACUGUGGUUCCCCAGCCUGGAGGAUUAGGAUCAUUGUCAUCAAUUGUCGGUGCAAUUGACUUUCCUUUAUCCCCAGGUUUCAAUAGCGAUUGGGAUGUCAGUAGCGCAAAUGGUAACGGGAGCGAUGUUUCUUCAUUGACGAAUUUGGGAUUACGGCAUCAAGACUCGGUUGCUAGUUCGUUGAACCAGUUUACGGCAUUGGAGAAUUAUUCAAAUAAUAUUUUUUCAACUGCAUCGCGAUACAGUAAUAAUGCGGAGUUUGGAAUGCAGAGAUCAGUAAGUUUGAAGAAAAACUUAGAUAAUACGCAUACACAGGAAAGGAAAAUGGUAGGAGAGGUCAAUGUUCCAUUAGAAGAAUAUAUUUCUCCAACAGACAAAGACAGACGUGAUUUAUCUCAGAACCAAUCCACUGUGGAUAAUGAUAUCAAUAAUGAUAGCAAUGAUAUCAGUGUCCAAAACAAUGGCAAUAGUGAUAAUAGUAACAAUAAUAAUGACAAUAUCAAUGACAAGCAGAAUAUAACCAUGGAAAACCAUAAUCUAUUAGUGGAUCCGAAUGAUUCAAAUAGUGGAAUCAUCAUACGAGAAAGAAAAUUAUCUGGAGGGGCCCCUACAAUGCCAAAUAAUGUUGGCGGAAACUUACCAAGCAAUUUCGAUGCAGUGGGGCAUGGUUUGCUAGAUUUGUUUGCUAAUGGUUGUGGUAAUAUCGAGAGUGCUGUUACAAAUGGGGAUACAGUGAUGAUGGACACCACAGCUGACAAUAUAAACAACUCGGAUGCAAAUCAAGUAUUAUCCAAUGGUGGAAAUCGUACGGACGGUAAAGAUCUGAUGUUUUCAUUUCUCGGGGAAGAGAAUUUUGGGGAUUUUCAUAACAAUGAUAUGACUGGUAUAAUCAGCGAUAAUGAAUUGAGCUUCUUUGGGGCAGAGACUCCUAAUUCAGUAGCACUGUUUAACAUCAGUGACAACCACCAAAAUCACAAUAACAACAACAAUAAUAUGAAAACUUCUAGCAAGACUGCCCCAAGAAGUAUUGCUUCCCCAAAAAAUAAUAAUAACAAUAACAACAACAACAAUAAUAAUAAGGUCUCGUCAAUACCAAUGAGAAAGGAUAGUAACAGUAAUAGAUCCUCGAUUGUUAGUAACUCCUCUGGACAUCCACUAUACAGCAAUUCUCAUCAUGGCGGCUCAUCCUCUCAUUUGACUAACAAUAAUCUUCAUCAUCAUGGCCAUCACCAUCACCAUCAUUAUUUCAACCCACAUGAUCCUUACACAUUAAGACACACCAGCGGAUCAAUAAAUGGGAGUACCAAUAAUGGUCAUAAUACUCUAAUCAAUGGUAAACCACUGUCAAUUGAAUCACCCAGUGGAAGACCCCCACUUUUUUCCAAUAGCAGUACUGACUCUAUUCACAGCUGGGCUGGCAAUUCCAAUAAUAAUAAUAAUAAUAAUAAUAAUAACGGUAAUGUGAAUGUCAAUAUUACCGGCAGCAAGAUGAGCCUUGGUGGCCAUACCUUGAUGGGGGGAGGCCACCUUGGAACAAUGAUGAAUAGCAACCACUUGAAUUUACACAAUGCCUACUAUGCCAACCAAAGCACGCAGCCACAAAGCUCCCAAAGUCUCAAUGGACACUGUGGUAUCAGUACCAAUAGAAAUGGCAUCAGCAGACCGCCGCUAACAAGUAACACCCUGCAGUACUCCACUAAUGAAUACUCGGCCAAUGGGGAAGCCACCCUCAAUAAUCCUAGUUUCACUGGGGCGUCAAUUGCGGAAAUUGGCAGCGUUGAUGGAAUUCUUGGGGGAAAUAAUGGCGGAGGUGGUGGUGGCAUAUUAGGCGGUAUUGGAACUACAAGCGACAAUACAAAAAAUCUUGGAAUGAGUGUUGGCAGUGGUACCAACAGGAAUAACGAAGGAGGAGACGGUCUGUUGAGUUGUAGGAAAGUCCUUAAUUUUGAUGAGGACAUAAACAGUAUCAAAUCAAUCAAUUCUUUCGAUCCUGGAUUUUUUGAUUUUGGAGCUACAUAG